AUGUCAACUUCUCCAGCCACACAUACACCAUCUGAAACAUUCCAAGAGAGUGAACUUGAUAAGUAUUAUGCACUGUUCUGCUCAUUCGACACCAACAAGUCAUCAACACUCGACUUGAAGGAGUUCAAGGCAGCCUUCCAAUCAAAGCUUGGAUUCUCAGAUGCCACCACCGAGGGCAUGUUCAAGGCAUGCGACGUCAACAAAGAUGGAGUGAUCGAUCUCCGUGAGUUCCUUGCUCUCAUCUCCAUCAUUGUCAAGUCAUCACCAGAGGAGAAGUUAGUCUUCCUUUUCCAUUUGUAUGAUAAGGAUAGAAGUGGAUCAUUGGAUAAUGCAGAGUUGGUUCAGAUCUGUGCUAGUCUGGCACAAGUUGGAAGAAUUGGUGGCAAGGCUGAUCAGCUACAUCUUAGUGUUGAGGAGCUUGCCAAGGCUGAUACCAACAAGGAUGGUGUGGUCUCAUUGCCAGAGUGGGUGGACUAUGGUCUGAAGAACCCUGUGCUCCUAGAGCUCCUCAAGGGCUACGAGUUGUAA